AUGCCAAGUGUCGACGUGCAUCAGACGCUUCUGCCGUUCCAGCGUGUUGUCACGUGGCUGUCCACGCGUGAGCUGAAGCGUGGCCCUGAGACCUCCCCUCGGGCGGCCCAGCGGGCUCCCCGGCCACGAGCCAGCGCAACUGAGCUCAGGCAGCAGCGUCCUCUGACAUCAGCCCAUGGCGCCCACGAGUGGCCUGACCGAUUCCGGGUUCUCCUACUGGAGCGCCCCAUGCACCCUGGCUUUUCUUCCCCCAUUGUCUCGGCCUCAGGUGAUUCUGGUCUCCUGCGUCCCACUCCGGUGCGACUGCCCGGGAGAUGUCCAGAGAGGAGACCCACCACUGCAGGGGCUCACAGGAAGGACUCAGGGCAACAAAAGGCAGAGAAGAGCCUAGAAGCGGAUUUCUGUUUCCCAGGGCAUCAGAAGUCACCACUGCUGGAUUCAAGAAAUUUUGUCCGAGACAUCUUCGAAACCCACAGCAAUCUCCCCUUGCUCCAGAAGCUCGGGACUCUGCCCACAGAGGUUUGGAGAAGCCAAGCUCCCAAUCAGGAUGAUGGUGUCUGGCCCCAAAAGGAUCCCACUGGAUCGCUCCAAAGAGAGCAUCCUCCUGGCCAAAAGAGACCCUAUCGUCUUCCAUCGCUGGAUCACACAGGUUGGGGUCUGCUGGGGGAGCUAUGGUCUGAUCUUUUCACACUGCCACUGCCAGAGAAACAGAAUAUGAACGAUGAAGAGACACGUAAUCAGGACCAAGUCCUUCACAGCAGUCUACAAGUUACCAUUCAAGUUCAGGAAGAAGAGGAACCAGCAAAGAAGACCAAGGGGUUUUCAGUGGAAAGGCAAGGAAACCAAGAGAAAGGAUUGCCCUGGAAACCAACAACUGGGACCAGACCCCAGGGGUCCCAUCCUCCCACACCCAUGCAGACCUUCCAGCUGAAAACAUAUCUACGUCAAAUUAGGAGCGCAUGGUGGGAAUAAAAUGGUACCAAUAGGGAGGAACCACCUAAAAAUGGACGUAUGUGCCAAGAUGAGCAGAUAAAUUAUGGCAGAUAAUUUGACAACCAUUUACAUUUUUAUCUUUGCCUUAACAUGUACUUACCCCAGGUAUAUAAAUGAUCAUUCUCCUCGA